AUGCCAGAACAAUCGGUGGCUACCCGCGUCGUGGUCAGUCUGGUGAGAGACAAAAUCACCGGCGAGGACGAAAAUGGACCACCAGACCUGUCAACCACUUUGACAACCACAAUGUCGACCUUCUUGUCGCAGCAAUCAAUAAUCGCUAAAGCUGAACCAUCCGUCCGCUCUCGACCGGUGACAUCGCGCACCAUCACGGCACCCCCUGCAACUACGGCAAGCGCUCCAGUGGCAGCGAAGAAACCGCCAGCUUCAGACAAAGCGGGAAGCGAAACAGGCAUAACGUCGACCGUACUGACAAUAUGUCCUCUGACUGCGAAGAUUUCUCUCGCUUCUAUCAGCGAGAGUAAAUUGAAAAUACUCAGGCCAGAUCAUGCGCCUUGUAUUGUCCCUUGCAAAGAUCCGUAA